AUGCAAUUCUCAAAGGUGUUCCUGAGCUUGCUCAUCGUGCUGUUGUCCGUCGUUGGUUCCGCACAAGGCGAUGACGACUACAACACCAACGCGAUCGGCAACGCGGACCCGUUCGAGAGCAAUUUGCUCGUCAAGAGAUUGCGCGGAGAGCCUAUUCGAUUCGGCAAAAGAUCGCCGCGCGAGCCGAUACGCUUCGGCAAACGAUUCCAACCAUUCGAUUUCUCCGACGAAUAA